CGCACGACGCGCUAUAGGGAUUUUUGUGCAAUUUUUUUUUUUGGUCAACAUUGAAAUUCUGAAUGUUUUGGAUUGAGACAAUUGAUUGUUUAGGUCAAUAAUAACAAGGUUGUUGUACGAGAAUCUGGACUGAGUGCUGGUGGAAAUAGAUAUAUAGGCUAGACAGGGUAUUAACUGAAUAUAUUGACGACAGACAAGUAGACCGGACCCAGAAAACCAACAACAUACAUCAGGAUGGAUACCGAUCGUACUGACGCUACGUAUUAUGUGGGAAAGAACGCCUCCGAGCUCAACAAGAACUUGGAUGUGCCGUUGUCCAACGGGCAGAUUGUCAGUAUCAACUUGGACGAGGAGCUCCCAGACGACUCGCUUGAAUUGGUGAGUUUCCUUGAGACGGAAAACUGUCCCACCAAGUAUUGGAUAUCGGUGGCUCAGGCGUACGUGGUCAAGGACAAGUUACAGGAGGCCCAGAAGCUUGUAGGCAAGGCACUCGAGUUGCCCCUUUUCAGUGAGGCUGACCGGACGCAAUUCCAUGGAUUUUCCGCUUGGUUGCAUUUGAAAGUGGCCAGUGAGGUCCAUGGAGAAGACAAGGCUCAAAGCUUAAAAGAUGCCACCCAAGAGAUUGCAUAUGUGACCAAGCUGGGAGGAGAAUAUUCCUCGAGCGUAUCGAACUUGUUAUGUAAGGCUGUGUUACACAUGCAACAAGACCAAGUGGAAAGAGCAUUGGAGAUCUUUGAUCGAUUGUUAAAAGUUGACAACACCAAUUGCUUUGCCCUCUUGGGGAAGGCUCAAAUUGUCUUGAAGAGAACUAAAAACUAUGCUGGGGCCCUCAAAUUGUACCAACAAGUGCUUCUUUUGAACCCAUUGAUGAAACCAGACCCUCGUUUAGGGGUCGGUUUAUGUUUCUGGUGCUUGAAAGAUGAAAAGAUGGCAGUUGCCUCAUGGGAAAGAGCGUUGGAGAUUGAUCUGAAUAAUAUCAAGGCCAAGGUCCUUCUUGUUUUGACCAAGUUCAAUCUGACUUUCAACGAGUCUUUAACUGACGACGAGUUCCUUGAGAACUACGAGGCUCUGCUUAAGGAGUUGGGCAGAUUGCACCAACAAAGACCUACAGACAGCGUUAUUUUGCUUGCCUUGGUCUCCUACUACUACUCCAAGGGUAGCCAUGACAUUGCCACCAAGAUCUGUCAACGGGUGAUUGAACAAGUCACUGGCCAGCCCGCCGGGUCCAAAUAUAACCAUCAUAAAUUAAAUAAGUUUGAAAGCAACAUUGUAUCCCAGGCCGUGAUGUGGCUAGGUAGAGUGUCCUUCACGCAAUCGGACUUCACCCAAUCUCAGAAAUACUUCCAUGAAGCAAUCAAGCUUGAUGACCUGAACCUUUUGGCCAAGUUAGGGUUGGGCCAAUCCCAAAUCGGUAGAGGGUCCACCGAAGAAGCCAUCAUCACCUACGAAUCGAUUUUGAAAACCGAUCUGAAAUGCUUGGAGGUGAACUACUCCUUGGGGGUGUUGUAUGCCAAGCAAAGAGGUAGAAGAAAGCAAGAGCAAGCGAUCCAAAUGUUGGAAAGAUACUUGAGAUUGUCCAGUACCAGCAGAAAUAAUAAUAUCAAUAAUAAUAGUAAUAACAAGGACGAAGGCGUUGCCGAGGAACCGGUAGCCUUGAAUGCAUACCUUCUUCUCAGCAAGUUGUAUGAAACCAAGGACAUCAACCAAUCGUUGAACUACUUGAACAAGGCCAUCGAGUCGAGAAAAUUGAUCAAUAAGGAUGCUCCUUUGGAAGUGUACAACAACAUUGGGGUGAUUCACUUUAUUAAGAACAACUAUGAGUCCAGUAGCCAAUUCUUCCAAACCGCGUUGACCAAGUUGGAAGAGACCAAGCCGGUGGAAGACAAGUUGGUGAAUGACUUGGGUAUCACGUUGAAGUUCAAUUUGGCGCGUUCCAAGGAAAUUUCCAACGAACUGGAGUCCAUUGAGAUCUACAAGGAGUUGUUGGAGAACACCCCGCUGUACUUUUCUGCUAAAUUAAGACUUUUGUUUUUGAGUUGUACCGAUGGAGACUCAUCGAAGGGAGAAAUCAAGGACGAAAUUGAAGCCUUAUUGAAGGAAAACGCUCUGGACUUGGAGAUCAGAUCAUUCUAUGGAUGGUUCAUCAACACUUUUGGAAAGAAGUUGAACAUGAAACCUGACGCUGACACGAAACAUCAAAAGGAUACAUUGGUUGAGUUUGAUUCCCAUGACUGUUAUGCCUUGUUAUCGUUGGCCAACAUCUACUGCAUCAUGGCCAGAGACAUCAAGGUGACGUCCUCAAGUCAAGAUGAAAAGAGAAAGAAGUAUUACAUCCGGGCCAUUGAAUUAUUCGCCAAGGUAUUGAGUGUUGAUCCAAAGGAUGUCUAUGCAGCACAAGGGCUUGCUAUUGUGUAUAUUGAAACCAAGGACACCAACAAGGGGUUGGAUAUCUUGAGAAAGAUCCGUGACUCGCUUAACGAUGAAUCUGUUUACUUGAACUUGGCACAUGUGUUGUUGGAAUUAAAACAAUUCACCAAAUCCAUUGAAAACUAUGAAAUUGCAUUGAUCCGUUAUCGUGGUGGGAAGGACAGUAAGGUGUUGUCAUUCUUGGGACGUGCAUGGUAUUUGAGAGGGAUUUAUGAAAAGAAUAUGACAUAUUUGAAGAAAUCCUUGGAAUAUAGUGAAGAGGCAUUGGAACAUUCCACCAACAAUAACAACACCAGUUUGAAGUUCAACAUUGCAUACGUUCAAUUCCAAAUUGCCGAGUUUGUCAGUAAGUUGAAUAUUGAUCAAAGAAAUGUUGAUGAGAUCAAGUCUUCCAUCUUGGGAUUGAAUGAAGCCAUUGUCACGUUGAAUGCCUUGGCUUCAGAUGAAGAGGGCACUCCUACUCCUCCAUAUCCAAAGGCCGACCUUAGGGCUAGAGCCAGUUUGGGUAGCAACACCUUGUUAAACCGUUUGAACGUAUGUUUGGAAGAAACCAUGGAGAACUUGGCCCAAUUGGAAACACGUUUGGAAGAGGCCAAGCUUGCUAGAGAACGUGAAGAACAAGCCUUCCUUAGAGAGGAAGAAGAAAGAAGGGCCAAGGAAAGAGCCAUUGAAGAGGAAAUGGCCAAGGAAAGAGCCAAGCUUCAAGAACAAGCACAACAAUGGGCUGAAGAAGCUAGAAUGAAUGUUGUUGAUGACCAUGAUGGAGAUGAUUUCGAAGAAGGAGAUGAAGAUGAAAAGAAAAAGUCUAAGAAGUCCAGCAAGAAGAAGGAGACCACUGCUAAGAAGGGGAAGAAGAAGGGUGGUAAGAAGAGAAAGAAUGUCAUUGAUGAUAGCGAUGAAGAAUCUGUCACAGAACAACUGGAGGGUGAAGAAGAAGCAGAAGCCCAGGCAUCUGAUGCCGAUGCUGACGCUGACGCCGACGCCGAUGCUGAAACUGCUCCAAAGAAAACUGGCGGUAGAAGAAGAAAGGCCGCCGCUGUUGUUGAAGAUAAUGACGACGAAGGUGAAGAAGUCAAGACCAACAAGAGAAGAAAGACGGUUUUAUCUAAUGAAAAGAUUGUGGACAGUGACGAAGAUCUCGAUGAUGAGUUAUUUGGAGAGGAUGAAAAGGAUGAGUAGAUUGUAUUAAUAGUUAAAAUAAAAUAUAUUACGAAUGACAUAAC